AUGCAAACUACCUUUCCAGACAAACGGCCAAGUCUUCUACUCGGCAGUCCGAUCUUCCAAGGCUCGAGCGCGGGGUACCAAUUCGUCAACGGGCGGAGCGUGGCGCACAAGCUGCGCACACUGGAUAUGGGGGAGGCUGCCGCCAUGCCGUUGACGUAUGCCACUGAGUACGAGGCGUUAGUGGAACGGUUACAGAUUCAGCGCGGGGAACAAGCGGUGCUGUUGAUUAUCAAUGGAGGUGGUGGGGUGGGAUCUGUUGCAAGUCAGAUUGUCCGGGAGGUUUGA